UUCCUUUUGUCCUAUACAAAAUGCCACAAAAGUUGUGGGUGCCGACUCAUAUCUCUCUAGUUUCUCGUCCCUCGCCUCCCCUCUCUAUUCAUUUGUUUCUCUCUCUUUGUUCUUUAAGAAUUCCGUUUUAGGGUUUUGCUGCUUUGAUUAGGGUUUUGCAGUAUUACUACGAGAGAGAUGGCGUUAUUCCUCACAGAUGAGGAAUUCUCUCGGUGUUCUGACGAUGUUUCUGUGGUUGCUGAUAUGUUAGAUUCGUAUAUUGAAGAUCUUUAUCGACAAAUCCAUACACUAAAAUCACAAUCUGAUGCUUCACCGAUAACCGGUGAACAAUCUUGUUCACACCUUGAACAAAAAUACGAGUGUAUGGAUUUGUCGAUAAAGCGGAGAUGGUUCAAUUCACUGUUACAAUUGAGGAACUCCAUUCUCAGAGUCUGCUGCUUGGUCGUGAAUCUAGUAAAUGGGCUAAGGAAAAACUUCUAAAAGAGCAGUUUCAUUCAAAAAGACAGGUCAUGGAAAUAGGAGAACAAUUGGCUGAUGGUUUCCAUGCUGUUUUUGAGGCUUCGGCUAAGGCUAGGGCAGCGGUAGCUGAGGUGUUGGUUUACCUGGCCGAAGCAGCAAAGUACAUGCUCAAAGCAAAACAUGAAGUGGAAGAACUCAGAAAGAGAGCCCGAGUUAUGAACGAGAAGGGAAAAAAAUUGGUGCAUGAGUUUGAGAAGUUUAAUAAAGCUAAAAAACAACUUCAAGAGAACACCACAAUUUCGGCGUCCCAACUUCCCCUGGAGAAUGUCUUGUAUGACCACAUGGCUUCGUAUCAAGCAGCUGUAGAGGACUUUGGGGUUGGAGUGGAUUCGCUUAUUAGCGAGGCUCCUGCUGUGGAUGUGCCACCUGUGACAACUUCUCUAGCUGGUAGGCAAGUUCAUCCUCAGGCUAUAAAUGCCCCCUCUGGAGCAGAAGCGGCUGCAGUGCCCUCACAAACAAAACCAAUGGAUUAUAGCGAAAAAAGACCUAUCUUCAAUCCCAGAGUUGAACCCCGUGAAGUGGCAAGAAGGCUGGUACGACCUCGUCUUGCACAUCCAGAGGGUGCUAGUGGUGAUGCUGAGAUGUCCAAGGUUGAAGCAUCCUCUAAUAAUGCUGAUUCAAAAGUGGUUGGGCCUUCACAUGAUAGUGAGCGUGAAGCAAAUUUUGGCACCACUCAACGCGAUAUUGUGUAUGUGUAUAGACGCAAACGACCAUUUUCGUUGGCCUUAACUCCAGAUGAGGGUAACACUCGAAAGGAGCCUGGUUCCUCUAUAGCAAAGAAGUCAACAGUUUUUGAUUGCUCCGUGAGAACAUUGCUGAAGUGAGAAUUGAUUCCAGAACUGAUGAUGCCGUUGACGCU